AUGCAGCGCGAAGCGAUACAAAUUGCAACUCUCUUUGAGAAACCCCAAUCAAGCGCGCGAAGUCCGCUCUCGCCGAUACCCGUGCCGAACGAGAACGCCAGCGCGGCUGCCGCCAUAAGUGUUGAUCCGAAGUCAGCGUUGGGGAAGGAGGUUAUAACUCGCCCAGCGACUCGAACUAGGCGACGGCGAGAAAUAAUGGACUCCUCUGAUGAGUCAAGCCCGUCAUCUUCUAGUUCAGGCCCGAGCCUCAGAUUUCUCGUGUCGCGGAAGGACAACAAUUUCAACGAAAGCGAAGUGACGGAAAUCUCAAGUCCGGGGAGCUUUGCAGGUACCCAAGAAGAGGACGAGCCACGACCAAUUGGGUUCAAAUGGAUUCUGGGUGAAAGGCUGAGAAAGCGGAAGAACACCUUUCUUGCACUGAAUCAAACGACCGGCGAACUGGUAGUCGCUAAACAAUACACCUUUGAUACGACAAGACGACCAGGAAGGCCGAGUCAACCGUCGAUAAAGCGGGAAGUCGCGCUGAUGCAACGGGUUGCUCAUCCCCACCUGGCCCAAAUCAUCGGAUGCGAUGUGGAUGUAGAGAGCAGUUUCUUCGUACUGUCUGAAAUUGUUGUCGGACAGACUGUGCGAGACAAACGCAAUGCAGGGCCACUGUCUGAACCAGAUGUUCGCCGCAUCACGUCUCAGGUUCUCGACGCAUUAGUUUAUCUGCAUAGUCAAGACAUCGUUCAUGGCAACCUCAAGUCGAGCAAAGUUUACUUCGGGGCAGAUGGCGUUUGCAAGAUCACUGGUCUUGGGUGCUCUACCGCCUGCAAGCGGGACCAUUCUCGCGCUGUACCGAAAGCGAUUUGGUGGACCGCACCGGAGAUCAUUCGGACACAAUACCAGGAAUGGGGACCCCCAGCAGACGUAUGGAGUGUAGGCUGUUUGCUGUUGGAGAUGUUGUCAGGGAAACGACCCUGGUUCGACACAGAGGCCGUCGCCGUGAUGUUCAAGCUCUAUCACCAGACGGCGCGACCUGCUGUGCCGCCGGAUGUUACACUGGACUCCGGGGCACUGGACCUCUUGGAUAAGUGUCUUGCGCUCCAACCACAGGACAGGAUGACCGCGACGCAGCUGCGGCAAGCCCCAUUCCUGCAAGUUGUUGACUGA